AGACUUUAUUCCUUGAGGGAAAUGCAAUUGAGAGCAUGCGCGGCGUAGAAAAUUUGACUGAACUUCGAUGCUUGUACUUUCAGCAAAACGUCAUCGACUCCAUUGACCACUUGGACAAUCUGACUAAACUUGACACUCUUAAUCUCAGCAACAACUGCAUCUCCGCGUUGCAGAAYUUGUCUAAUCUGACAAAGCUAUCCACUUUGCUGGUGGCCAGUAAUCAGUUAAGAACAGUGGCUGCCAUUCAGCACCUUGUGCAUUGCCCAUCUAUCCAUGUGUUGGAUUUGGCAGACAACAAACUGGAAGAUGGUCWGGGAGUUCUGGGCAUCCUACGUACACUACCGAACCUUGCGGUCCUCUAUCUCAAGGGAAAUCCACUAGUGUCCUCUCUGGGCCAUUACCGGAAGGUYGUCGUGUCAUCUUUACYGCAACUGAAGUACCUGGACGACCGACCUGUCUUUGAGAACGAGCGGUUGAGAGCGGAGGCAUGGGCAAGAGGAGGGGUGGAGGCGGAAAGGGAGGCCAUUGCAAACUUGCAAGCUAUGGAGGAGGAGAAACAGAGACGACAGAUGUUUGCUAUGCGAAUGUGGAGAAAAGAAAGCUCGGAGAAACGUCGUGUGCUCUUGGGCUUAUCCCCUCGACAUCCGAUGCCUGUGAAAAACGGUGGCUCAGAUUUCACCUCUUCUGAUGGUGAUGACAAGGAUGAUGAUGAUGAUGAUGAUGACGACCCGGAGGAAGGUGAAGAGGAUCCCUUGGAGAUGGUGGAAGCACGCUUGACGGAGGCGAUGGCGACAAGGAAUAAUGAUGGCUCGGAAGCUCUGGCAGGACGGAGCAAUGGCCCGGAAGCGCCAGUGUUGACGUCAACGUCAACAGCUGAGAUGAAUGAAACCGCUGGCAGAGGUGGCAAUGGCCUCGACCACCUCCAGCACCCCCUGCCAACGAAGGAGUCUUGUUCUACUUCUUCUUCUGCAGCAUCCCCCUCGGCGCAGCCAUUGCCAACAUCACAAUCACGGAGGUGCGCCAAAGAAGAGGAAUCACCGGCGGAGAUGGAGAGAGCAAGCCUGUCAGCCCCUGGCACGAAUCAUGGUGAGGAAGCAGCAUCGCCAUUGUUGACGUCCACUGAAUCGCCUUUUUUUAUGACAUCAACUGAAUUGUUGUUGAGGGCAUCAACUGCAUCGCCGUUUUUUAUGGCGUCAACUAAAUCGCUGUCACAAGAGGGUGGCCAAGGACAGGAAUCUCUGGUGGAGACGGAGAGAGCAAGCUUCUCGGCCAGCACCGGUGGCAGUGAUCACUGCGACGGAGCACCAUCGCCAUUGACUUCCACCGAGGAAGAGGAACCUCUGGCGGCAAAGAUGGAGAAACCGAGCUUGUCUACCACCAUCAGCAGGAAUCAUGGUGAUGAAGUACCAUCGCCGUUGAUGACGUCAACAGAAAGACCUGGGUGCAGCGAUGGCUGAAACACGGUCAAACAAUCUCGCGAUGCAAUCGUCCUCAUCCAUAUCCUUGGCGCACCCAGGUCUGUUGAUGUCAUCGAUAUCCUUGGCACUGUCAUUUGCUUGGAUCCUUCCUCUCUGGGACGGAAACAAGGGAAGGAGAAGAAGCCUCCUCCUCCUCCUCCUCCUCCUCCUCCUCCUCCUCAUCGAUUUCAACUGAAUCACCAGGUGGUCGUGGCGAUGAUUGCAGAGUGCUGCAGCAAUCGUAGCCGGCAAGGCCGCAGUCCGGAUUGCCACUGCGCUGGUCAUCUUCAAGACCAAGAACGAUUAUGACACAGUCUGAUGAUAAAUGGGAUUAUGAAAUGUGAGUGGUGAUUUCCAGAAGUGUCGAGGAAGAGGACACUAUCACAUUUGCAAAUAUAUAGGGAGUGUAUAGUACUAUCGUGGGCAUGCUCAAUGCCAGCCGUCCUGGUAAUAACAGUACUGAGAACACUGAGUUUGGUCUUCCGUGUGUUCGUCCACCUCAUCCUUACAAUGUAUGUCCUCUCUGUCGUCAAGGGCAGGCUGAUUUUAGGCUGGGCAUCGAUCGCUGAGAAAGGUACUGGUAGCCAUUUCACCAAAAUCAUAGUAAAAUGGACAUUUUAUG